AUGGUACAAAACAUAGCCAAGAAGGAUGACAACACAGGGAAAGUCGAAGCCAUUCAACAAUAUGACAGACAUGGCAGGAACGUCACGACUGUCGAACGCCAGCGAUUCGAUUUGCAUUCCAUCCAUGACUGGUUUUUCCGACUUGGUCGAGGACAAAUGGUUAAGAAAUACAACGGCGAACUGGCUCCAGUCACAUUCAAGGGUCAAUUGAUGGAACAGAGUGUUUUCUUCCAGCCAUCUCGACAUUAUGCCAUCAGCGAGGAAACCGGUAAGGAAGAAUUCAUGCGCACGUUAUGUCCAGCUUGGGCAGAUCGCGUUCUCUACAACGAGAAGAUGGACAAACUUUUCCGAUAUGAUUCGUUCUGUGCUUCUGGACUCUACUAUGGUUUGGUGGGUGAGAACGUGUACAUUGGACAACACAAACCUGUAGCACUUCACGCCACUAUUUGCCUAAAAUGA